CUGAGUAGGGGGGACUUUUCCGUGCCGGGGAGGGGGGAAUCGGCGGGUCUCCGGGAUAUGCCUUCGGUGCGAGAGCGGUAAACAAUUUGGGCACCCAGCCCCCAAAAACCAGGAGCCCAGUCCCAAUCGCCGCAGACCGACGGACGGACGGACAUGGAGUUCGGUAACAGGGACAGGAAACAGAAGGAGAAGAAGAAGGAGAAGGAGAAGAAGAAGCCCUCGGAGGAGAAGGUCCAGACGAGUUUAUAUCACCGGCGUUUGACUCGGAGGAAGCUUCUGUGUCCUGAAGGCGACUUGAAGAUCCUGUUGCAUCGGCUGAUUUUCAUUGGCCAGAUCUCCCCGGAGCUUGAAGACAAGACAGACCUGGGAGCCCAUUACGAGAGGUUAUCGCAGCACCUGCAACUCCGCUACCAAGCGGACGCAUUCACCGGGCUUCUUCUCCUCUAUCCCUCUCACGUGGUGCACAUCCUGGAGUCCUCCAGUGAAGUCCUGGUGUAUGUGCUCCGGGACCUUUGCGAUAUCCAGGCCAGGCCUCACAGUGCCCUGAUUUCGGAGUCCAGAAUUCUGGUGGUGUCACAUGACAUCUCGAGCAGGCUGUUCCAGGACUGGAGCUACAAGGUGCUGGACCUGCCGGGAACCACGCUGACGGACAGGGGGAAGCAGGAGACGACCGAGAAACUGGUCACCAGCACGCUCAAGACCCUUCUCAAGCUGGGCAGCCAUCUGCAGAGACUGAGCAAGAGACGAAACUUCAGUGUCUCUGCCGAGUCCCUGCUGAAGCAGGGACCAGAACUGAUCAUCCCGCAGGAUGUCCUGGCCCAGCUCAUCGAGAGGAACGAGCUCCUCACCCCUCAACAGUACCUGCAGGCCUACCACUCCCCCGUCAACCUGCCCAUAAACUCAGCGCACACGUUUGGAAGUGUCUGUCCAAACAUCGUUUAGCCACCGGUGGAAGGUCGAAGGUCAAAGGUCACUCUGAACCACAGAAGCUGCUGGACAUGUCAACGCUGAUUCUGAAGACCAGCCCUCUAGGAACCCACCACAAAAACACCAGGCCACCAUUGCAGCCGGGACACACACUGUACAUUCAGCUCAGUCCCCAGAGGUGAACUUCACAAAGGCGCAGUGAAAGAUGGGUUUUUAUAACUAUUCAUUUUCAUCGUAUGACAGUAAAACCGAAAUCCUGGCCGCCCUCCCCCCCGCCCCCGCCCCCACCAGGGGACUCAUCUAACAGGGCAGGGGGGCUCUCAGUGUCCCAGCCAAACUCCCAGCACGGCUAUCUGAUGUUCCCUGUUUUGCCUGGACGAUGAAUGGCUCCCUCCGUACACAGUGACUUUCCCUGUGAAAAACGGCCGGUACACGGGGUGCAGAUGGGGACAGGAUGCUAACCGUGGCUGAGCGGAGUAAGCAACCAGGACCCCAGCUGCACCCCAGCUCUUUCACAUCAGAGAGUGUGUAAAUCCAACCCCAUGUUAUGUCAAUUCGGGCUAUUGUUCUUCUUUUUUUUUUUUUUACAUUACACAGGAUCUGAUGUUAUUUUCCUUGUGCUGAUAAUUAGGGGGCUGAGCACAAAGGCCCAGCUCAGACGUUCCUAUAAGUAGCAUGGUUCUUACCAACCAAAUAACCAGGCAACAAUAUUAUACAUCAGCCAAAAGGGUGCUAAUGCGAGCAUUUCACAGGGUCUGUUAGCCUCCCGACUCCGGUGCUUUGUUGAGUUAGGCCCACGAC